AUGGGAUGUAUUGUGAGCAAAGAAAAACUAGCUGCUAUAGCUCGAUCCAAAGACAUUGACAGAAAACUAAAGGCUGAUGGUGAGGCUUCAUUUAAAGAGGCCAAACUGUUGCUCCUUGGUGCCGGAGAGUCGGGAAAAAGCACGAUAGUUAAACAAAUGAAGUACGUUACUGUAAUAUUUAUUUGCAGAAUUAUUCAUAUGUCUGGUUAUACUGAAGAAGAAUGCAAAACGUACAGACCGGUCGUAUUCAGCAACACCAUCCAGAGCAUGGUAGCCAUACUGAGAGCUAUGGAACAACUGCAGAUAUGUUGUGCAUAUCCGAACGCAAUGAAUGAUAUUGCUGUGGUCCUCAACCUUCCACGGACAGAUGUUGACGUGCUACCCGACGAAGUAUUUAGUGCGCUAAAGAGGCUCUGGUACGACCCAGGUGUUCAAACAGCUGUUAAUAGGUCUCGAGAAUUUCAACUGAAUGAUUCUGCAUCAUACUUCCUUGACUCAUUGGAUAGGUUAUCAAGUCCUUGUUAUAUCCCAACACAACAGGAUGUCCUUCGAACUAGAGUAAGAACGGGUGGAAUUGUAGAAACCCACUUCUCUUUUAAAGGAUUAAGCAUCAGGAUGUUUGAUGUUGGAGGACAGCGUUCAGAACGAAAAAAAUGGAUUCACUGUUUCGAAGGCGUCACCGCAAUUAUAUUUGUGGUUGCUAUGAGUGAAUACGAUCUAACCCUUGCUGAAGAUCAAGAAAUGAAUAGGAUGAUGGAAUCUAUGACAUUGUUUGGUUCAAUAUGUAAUAACCAGUGGUUUACAGAAACAAGUAUCAUUUUAUUUUUAAAUAAGCGAGAUAUUUUUGAAAACAAAAUAAUGAAGUCCCCGUUAACCAUAUGUUUCCCAGAGUACACUGGUGGGAAUAACUAUGAAGAGGCUUCGGAGUAUAUUCGAUCAUGUUUUGAAAAUUCAAACACUCGUAGUGGACCUAAAGAUAUCUAUUCCCAUUUCACAUGUGCAACAGACACAAAUAAUAUACAGUUUGUAUUUGAUGCUGUAACUGAUGUAAUAAUUAAAAACAACCUCAAGGAUUGUGGGAUAUUCUGA